AUGGCAUUCAAUGCUCGAAAAUUUCCUAAUGAUGCUUCAUCUCCAGCUUCAGACUACUGUACUUCAGGAGAACGAGUGGUGGAGCUACCUUCCUUGAUUUCAUUCAUGAUCAAAGCAUCAGAGGUAAAGAAAGCUGAUGAAGAAGAUGAAGAUCGAGCAGAGCUCGGAGAUGAAGAUGAAGAAGAAGAAGAAGAAAACACUAAGAGAUCGGAAGAAAAGUAUAGAUUAGUGUCUGGAAUUUUUUAUUUUUUUAUUUUUUUAUUUGUGCAUUCUAAAUCUAAAGCUAGCGAUGCAAGUUUCAGUUUAUCGGGUUCAACGUCCUCAUCGUACAGCAAGUUCAUAAAAGAUUUGAGAAACACUCUUCCAUCAAACACGAAAGUGUACAAUAUAACUCUCUUACUCGGCUCUGCUGCCGGCACAAAUCGGUACACACUAAUGAAACUCUCCAAUUACGAUGCAAAAUCAAUCACAAUGGCUAUAGAUGUAACAAGCUAUAUCAUGGAAUAUCUUGUCAACACAACUUCCUACUUUUUCAAUGAAUCUGAUGCUAAAUUUGCUUCUCAAUAUGUAUUCAAAGGAACCACAAGCAUUACACUUCCAUACUUUGGCAAUUACGAAAGGCUUCAUAUCGCUGCAGGCAAAAAUCACGAGAAAAUUCCUCUUGGAUCAAGCUUGUUUCAUUACGACUCGGCCGUUGCUGCUGCUGCAUUCCUUGUGAUUAUUGGAGCGUAA